AUGUCGUCGUUAACAGUUAACUUACUAGGAGAACCAGUGACAAUUUACAGAGUACAGAAAGAGAAAGUCAACUAUUCUAUAUUUCACUAUCAAACUUGGUCGCCUACUUCAUCAGAAAAACAAAAUAAAUUAUUGUUAGCAAUGCUAGCCACAGAACCGGACCUUAACUCCUUUCAAUCAGAAGAAGGAAGUGAAAUUUCAGAUGAGAAUAUUUUUCUCACCUCAACUGCUGCUGCUAUGGAUACAGAUAUUGUAUAUUUGCAUGAGAGUUUUAGUGAAGUUGACAAUUCAGUAUGGCAGCCUCAGAGUGAUGAUAGCAUGUCUGAGAGUACACAAUAUGACUGUAAAAACAAUCAACAGAGUUUUAUUCAAAGUCGCAUAAGAACACAGAGAAGAAAAAAACCAUAUCGCUGUAAUAUUUGUAUGAAGACUUACAUGUAUAAGGGUUCCAUGGAGAACCAUAUGACAAUACAUAAACAAUCAAAUAAAGAUGGAGACAAGGAAACGGUUGCUAUGAAACAAACACACAAAAGGCGUCCUGACUACAAACGUUAUUAUUGUAUGCACUGUAAUAAAAGCUGUAGAGGACAGAGAAAUCUGGAAACUCAUUUACUUACACAUUGCUUGAAAAAAGCACAUCAAUGUGAACAGUGUGCCAUGAACUUCAAUCAAGAUUGGCAGCUACAGGAACAUCUUAUGACAGUACAUAUCGCUAAGCAAUCUUACCAGUGCAAACAAUGUGGUCAAAACUUUAAAGACAAUCAACAGCUUCAAGAUCAUCAUUCAAAUAAACGUUAUCACUGUAAUGAGUGUGGCAGUAGAUUGGAACAGAAAAAAGAGAUGGAAUUUCACACAAUGUUACAUACAAUGGCCCAUUAUCAAAACUUACCCAUAAUAAAACAUACUGCAGAGAAACCAUUUCGCUGCACUUUAUGCGAGGAGAGUUUUAGUCAGCAAAUGGAUUUGUAUGCUCACAUACUGACACAUGAUAGAAAGAAACAAUUUGAGCGUCAACAAUGUGCAGAGAGUUUCAACAAUGGGUCAGUAAAGGACAUCCACCUGAGGUCACAUGACCUGGAUGUAUCAAAUGAGAUUACUCCAAUAUCAAAUAGUGAUAUGCAAAUAGACCACAGUAUAUCACAACCACUUGAGCUAUAUCAGUGCUUGUACUGUGAGAAGAGUUUUCACCAAGAAAGUCAACUUGAUUUGCAUACAACAACCCACACAAAAUCACAGAAUUCAGAGCCAACUUUCAAAUUUAACAAUAAGGAUCUAUAUCAUUGCAAUUAUUGUGAAGUGUCUUCGAGUAUCUUGCCUGUGAUGAAAAUGCAUAUGAAAACACAUAUUGGUGAUUACCAAUGUAAUCUGUGUGGAAAGGAAUUUUUGGAGAAAUCAGAACUUCAAAUACACACUGAGGUGCAUGUAGGCAGGAGUGAUCACUGUCAAAUUGCUACAAAGAUUGAUUUCAGAAAACGCAUGGAAACAUGUGUGAUGCAACAACAUGAACAAGAACCUUGUUCAACGAGUUCAAACUAUCUGGGUAUACCAGAAGUACUAAUAUCAAGUUUUACAAAUCAAGACCACUGUAUAACCGGAAGCCAAAUUUCCUCAAGGGCAUGCCAGGAAACAGAGCAAGUGAACAGAGACAUGCAUACAAACAAUUCAGAAAUGCUUUAUCAGUGUCAAAGGUGUGCAAAGCAAUUCAUGUUCAAACAAAGCCUGAUAAGACACCUAAUGUUUGAGUGUGAAUCAGUAACCACUGCAAUUUGUCACCAAAAUACACAAGUUAUUGGACCUAGUCCAUUCAGUGUAGAAGAAAAUAUUGCAUACAUACAUGAUCCAAUCGAAGGGGAACAGAUGGCUAUAAUUACGGAGCAAAAUUGCACUUUACAAA